AUGACCCCGACGCAGGCUUCCGAACCAGAGGUCCUCUGGCGACCGAGCCACCGUGGCACAGCGCCAAUGGACAAAUACCGCCAGCAAGUCAAUCGAAAAUAUGGCCAGGAUCUGUCGGAUACGCAGCAACUUCACCGGUGGUCCGUAACCCACCCACAUGCUUUUUGGACAAACCUGUACAGCUAUCUGAACCUCACCCCGCCUCUUCCACCCUCGACGCAAAAGGCCUACGACGACACGGUGCCCAUGAGCAGUAACCCGCCGUUCUUUCCCGGUCACAGCCUCAACUACGCAGAGAAUGUGCUCUUCGCCAAUCCAAACUCCGAGGAUGUCGCUCUCAUCGGCAUUCGAGAGGACCAGGACAUUCACCGUGACGAGCCCGACACGUUGACCUGGGGUCAGUUUCGCGAAAAGGUCCGACAGACCGCCAGCGCCCUCGGACGGAGCGGUGUGAAAAGGGGAGAUCGCGUCGCUGCACUGGUCGCCACGUCCAAUUGGGCCAUCGUUCUCUUCCAUGCCACAGCCUCGCUAGGCGCCAUCUUCACCUGCGUCAGUCCGGAACUCGGCGUUGAAGGUUGCGUGUCCAGGCUCCAGCAAGUCACACCGAGUGUCCUCUUCGUCGAUAGUCACGUCGUGUACAAAGGCAAGGCGGUCCCGACAGCACAAAAACUGGACGAGAUUCUGCAAAAACUAAAGUCACAGCCACAGGUCUACAUCGUACCUGUCGUGAAGACCCUGGAAACGAAAUUUCCCACGACACACGACUUUCUCGAGCGAUCAAGCUCCUCGGAUGCGCUCACGUUCACUCGUGUGCCAUUCAGCUACCCCCUUCUCAUAUGUUAUUCUUCAGGCACGACGGGGGCACCCAAAUGCAUCGUCCACCAACACGGCCUACUCAUGCAGGUCAAGAAGAUAUCGACGUUGCACAACGGCCUGGCGCCCGGAGACGUGAUCAUGCAGUACUCGAGUACGUCUUGGGUGGUCUUCUACGUCAUGUGUGGGCACCUGUCCGUCGGCGCGACACUGGUCGUCUACAAUGGCAGUCCACUAUUCCCCGACGCGAAGCAAUUACUGAGGAUUUGCGACAAGUACCGCGUGAGUUUUCUAGGAGCAUCUCCUCGCCUGCUGCUCGAGAUCGAAAUGUCACGGACGAUGCCGAAGAGAGAAUUCGACCUGUCACCCCUGAGGAUGGUGUACACCACCGGGGCGCCGCUGUCCUUGGAGCAGUAUCGAUGGUUUUAUCGCUCGUUCCCGCCGCAAGUGCACAUAUGCAACACCGCCGGAGGUACCGACACGGCGACUUCUCUGCUCAGUGUGGACCCUUGUGGACCCGUGUACGCGGGCGAAAUGCAGAUACUCGCGCUCGGGAUGGACGUCGACGUCUUGGACUCGGUCACGGGCGAUUCGAUAGCACGCACGGGCGAGGCGGGCGAGAUGGUGAUCCGGAAACCUUUCCCAAGCAUGCCGUGCUUCUUCUGGGGCGACAAGGGCGGAAAGAUAUACCGUGCCGCAUAUUUCGAACGGUUUGAACACAUCGACGUCUGGGCGCAACACGACUGGCUCAGUAGAAAUCCGGUGACAGGAGGCUACACCAUGCACGGUCGUAGCGACGGCGUCCUGAAUCCUUCUGGUAUACGGUUUGGCAGUGGAGAAAUCUAUGCCAUCGUGGAGACCCAGCCGUUUACGGAUUAUAUCAGUAACACUCUGUGUGUCGGCCGUCGAAGGCCAAAAGAUCCAGACGAGCAGGUCUUCUUGUUCCUCGUGAUGAAACCGGGAGUUCCCCUGACGGAGGACCUGAGGUCGCAAGUCAAGAACGCCAUCAGAAAUGGAUUGUCGCCCAGACACGUACCUAGGUUCGUCAUUGCAGUGCCCGAUAUCCCCGUCACGAUCAAUGGUAAAAAGGUGGAGAUUGCCAUCAAGAACGUUUUGAGCGGAAAGGACGUCAAGCCGAGUGCUACGGUACAAAACCAAGAAACGAUUGCAUGGUUCAAGCGGUUCAGAGAUUUAGAGUCGGAGCCUAGAGAUACCAAGAUAUAGACAAAGACAAGACUACCCGGCUAGAUGGACCAUCUGGACGAUGUGAAGAUGACCAAU